GGCUGGAGGUCUCAAACUGAAUUCCCACAGAUUUUGUGGAAGUAGACAGCUGGAUAGAGAAGAGGUUAUACCAUGGCUCCAGCUGAGAGAAGCAGUAAGGUGUGCUUGGCAGUGACGAUGGACUAUCUAUUUGCAUCGGAUACUCUCAUAUGAAAAGAUCACGUUUCCAAAGAGCUUAAAUAUCAUUUCAUCUUCUGAAACAGAAUGGCAGGCUUCAAACGAGGAUAUGAUGGAAAAAUUGCGGGAUUGUAUGACUUGGAUAAAACUUUGGGCAGAGGUCAUUUUGCUGUGGUCAAACUUGCUCGGCAUGUCUUCACAGGUGAAAAAGUAGCAGUAAAAGUAAUUGACAAGACCAAAUUGGACACUCUAGCCACUGGACAUCUUUUCCAAGAAGUUAGAUGCAUGAAACUAGUGCAGCAUCCUAAUAUAGUACGGCUGUAUGAAGUGAUUGACACCCAGACUAAGCUUUAUCUUAUCUUAGAGCUAGGUGAUGGAGGGGAUAUGUUUGAUUACAUCAUGAAACAUGAAGAAGGUCUGAACGAGGACCUGGCAAAAAAAUACUUUGCUCAGAUAGUUCAUGCUAUAUCCUACUGCCAUAAACUGCACGUAGUUCAUCGAGACUUGAAACCAGAGAAUGUUGUCUUCUUUGAAAAACAAGGACUUGUGAAAUUGACUGAUUUUGGCUUCAGCAACAAAUUUCAGCCUGGAAAGAAACUCACCACAAGCUGUGGAUCUCUUGCAUAUUCUGCUCCUGAAAUUUUACUUGGGGAUGAAUAUGAUGCACCAGCAGUGGAUAUAUGGAGUUUGGGAGUCAUCCUCUUCAUGUUGGUUUGUGGACAACCACCGUUUCAAGAGGCAAAUGACAGUGAAACUCUGACUAUGAUAAUGGACUGCAAGUACACAGUGCCACCUCAUGUGUCCAAAGAAUGUAAAGAUCUAAUUACGCGGAUGUUGCAGAGAGACCCGAAGCGAAGGGCGUCUCUGGAAGAGAUUGAAAACCAUGCGUGGCUCCAAGGAGUUGACCCAUCUCCUGCAACGAAGUACAACAUUCCUCUGGUGUCAUACAAAAACCUGUCCGAGGAGGAGCACAACAGUAUAAUACAACGCAUGGUGCUCGGUGAUAUCGCAGACCGAGACACGAUCGUGGAGUAA